AUGCUAAUAUUCGAUUCAAUACGUUACCGACAGAAUGAAAAAGGUGGUCCUUUGAUGUGCGAGUCAGAUGAUGGUACCUGGAACCUUGUCGGUGUCAAAAGCUUUGAAGUAGGAUUCAUGGCUGGAGUAUAUAUUAAAGUGUCUAAAUAUGCAGAAUUCAUUCAGCAGACAAUAAAUUUGAUUGACCAGCGUGAAAUAGAAGAGCCUGUUGAUAUGAUGAUGAGUUGUUCCAACCAUGAAACUUGUCAAGGUAGAUGUGGAACCUCCUUUUUCGAGUCAUUGUGCCACUGCGACUCGCAUUGUGAGCUUUAUGGAGAUUGCUGUUACGAUUACUGGAAACAUUGCACCGACAAUAAAAAAUCUCUGAACUCUUCUAUCGCGUUAUGGAACCGUACUGUUUGUAAAUAUAAUUCGUACUACCUAAUUUCCAAAUGUAGUCUAAAAGCAAUUGAUGAAGACGUUCGCAAAAAAUGUGAACAACCAAAUCAAGACGAUUUUCUUCUUAAUAUUCCAGUCAGUGACGCUUCUAAUUUAGGUUAUUUAAACUUAUAUUGUGCUUUAUGUAAUGGGGUAGCCAUGUCGGAUGUUGUAGCAUGGAAAGUUACUUUUAAUUGCAUUGACUCUCUAUAUCCGUUCCGAGGAAUAGGGAUAUUCAAAUCACAAAAUAUACCAACGAUGACUGCAACAAUUCCAAGUGGUUUAAAAAAUGUUCUCUCAAUUGAUUGUCCAUUUUCUUACUAUUAUGAAUAUGAACCACUUAAAAAUUAUAGUAAGAGAUAUUGCCCUAGUUAUCCCGGUAAAAAAUAUUGCCCAUCUGACUUUUCAGAUACUGAACUAGCAAAUAAAUGCAAGACAUACAUUGCAACGGUGUAUGACCGAUUAUCUACGGAGAAGUUUGCAAACACACAUUGCGCACGUUGCCACGGUAUAAGCCGAAAGCAAAACGCUUGUAAUUGUGUAGUUUGUACAUCAGAGCAUAGCAUAUUUUCUAAAAUCAGUGUCACACCCAUAACUAUUUUACUAGACUUUUCUUCAGGUUCAACCAUAAGUGUAGAAUCACCACUGUUGAAAUUUACCACUUCGGGAGUAGAUUGCGAUUCUGGUCGAGUCUUUAAUCCUUUUAUUGGAGAAUCUGGCGAAUGCAUCACAAUCAUUUGCCAAAAAGACGAGCUCCUUACAGAGAAUGGCUGCAUAAAAAAAAAUGAUAUUCAAAUGCAUGCACCUGCACAAUUUCAAAUACAUCCUGGAUACUCUAGUACACUCCUAUGUUUAUGUAAUCAUGAUAGCAGAAUCCAGUUACGAUACAACUUUCUUAAUAACUUUACCAACAAUGAUGUUUUGACUAGGUUCACGUCAUGGAUACACUUUCAAAAUGUAUCAUUCGAUUUGUAUAGUUCUGUUAAACCUCCAAUAAUGUAUACAAUAUAUUUCAAUACGUCACAUUGUGACGUGUUGGAAAAUAUUACCCAAAUAAUCUAUCAACAGAUCAAUAGCGAGAAUAGACAUUUGUUGGAAAAUAUCACAAUACUUCAGGCGUGUAUAAAUACAAAAAACAAUAUGACGCCACACAAUGAUUACGAAAAUUGUAAUGAUCUAGAUUUAAAUGUGGAUAUGGUAAAUAUCGAGAAAAUGAAUGAAUCAGUAACAGUGGCAGACGAAAAUAAAACUUUCACAAUAUCAGAAAGUGAUUAUCGAGUGGAAAUGACGUUUAAUAUCGAAAGCGAACCAGCAAAGCCGAUUAAAGUCAGCAUAUCAAAUUGUCUUGAUCGUUCACGUGACCCAACAUGUCCACUCAUUGCUCUGAACAUCAACGAUUUUGAAGUCAUAGAAAAUACAAUUUGGAUGUACAAGCUGAACGGUCGUCAGUUUACAAUUGAUGAGAUUGCAGUAUUUUCUAAUGACUCUGUUUAUGUCUGCUCUUUCUUUUCUCAAAACGGAACGCAUACAUAUGUAUCAACCAUAUUCAUUUAUGAUAAAACCUUGCAGAUUUUGAACGUCGUUGGAGUCUCUUGUUCACUUCUUGGUCUGUUUUUGACAUUUAUUAUACGUUGCAUUAAAAAAGACCUUCGGACUGUUUCUGGCAAAAUUGUAAUGAAUAUUGCGGCGGCAUUGUUUCUGGCACAGCUUGGAACGUUGUUUGCAAAAACUUUAGUUGAAUCCGAGAUAGGGUGUGUUGCUCUGGCUGCACUUUUGCAUUAUCUGUGGUUGGUGGUAUUUAUGUGGAUGUUUAUAAUGUCAUUAGUAUUGUUCAAAUCGUUCCGUUCUUUAAAAUCAGCUGUAGAGCAUCGCAGUGGAAAACAAUCUAUUACAAUGCCUUUCUUUUGUUGUUGGGGUCUUCCCGUUUUGGUUGUCGCUGCCGCUAUGACUCUUCAUAUUUGGGAAUACGCACCUAUCAAAUUCUCUUACGGUGACGAAACAGUUUGUUGGAUACGCGAUGAGUUUGCUGCCUUCAUGUUCUUAGGUAUUCCCAUGGCAACGAUCCUUGCUUUAAACAGCAUUAUGUUUGUCGUUAUAGUAUGCGGGAUCCACCAAACUAAAACGAGCACAAAAACGAUGCGAGGAGCUUCUACAAAGAAAGAUAUUUCUACUAAUAUCAUCAUAUUUGCAAAGAUUUCGUGCAUUAUGGGAUUGACUUGGAUCUUUGGGUUUCUUGCUUCAUUCGUCGACGAACCAUUCCUUUGGUAUAUCUUCGUGAUAUUGAAUAGUUUCCAAGGAGUGUUCAUAUUCAUAUCAUUCAAUUCAACACUUGUGGCGGCGCUGUUCAGAAGAAAGCAAAGAAAGCAAGCCACUAAUAUCACCAAUACGUAAUAGUCUGUGAUUUCUGGACUACUAGUGUCCACAUUUACUUAAUCAGCAUUAUGUUAAGCAUGUUUCAGAAACAUUUUGUGCAAGUUAAGAUCUUUACAGUCUACUUU